AGUUGGCAUCAAAAUAUGACCCACAGAAGGAGGCCGAGCUGAGGGAAUGGAUAGAGAGGACCACCGGCAGGAAUAUUGGGAAUAAAUUCAUGGAGUCCCUGAAAGAUGGAGUCAUACUGUGCGAGUUAAUUAACAAGCUGCAGCCCGGCUCCGUCAGGAAGAUCAACGAGUCUACACAGAACUGGCAUCAGCUGGAAAACAUUGGAAACUUUAUUAAGGCAAUCACAGAUUAUGGAGUGAAACAACACGAUAUAUUUGAAGCAAAUGAUCUGUUUGAGAAUACGAACCUCACUCAAGUCCAAUCCACACUAUUGGCCUUAGCUAGCGUGGCUAAGACAAGAGGAGCCAAAGUUGACAUUGGGGUCAAGUAUGCCGACCGACAGGAGAGAAGAUUCAACCCUGAAAAACUCAAGGAAGGAAGAAAUAUCAUUGGACUGCAGAUGGGAACUAAUAAAUUUGCCAGUCAAAAGGGAAUGACAUCAUACGGCACCCGUAGACACCUCUAUGAUCCCAAACUGGGCAAUGACCAGCCAGUGGACACAUCUACUAUCAGCCUACAAAUGGGCACCAACAAGGGGGCAUCCCAGUCCGGCAUGACGGCCCCAGGCACCAAACGUCAGAUCUUCGACCAGAAGCUUGGCAUGGAUCAAUGCGACACCCAGACCAUCCCCUUGCAAAUGGGAACAAACAAGGGGGCAUCUCAACAAGGCAUGACAGUGUACGGCCUACCACGUCAAGUCUAUGACGCCAAGUACUGCCUGGACAGCAACAUCUAUCAGUUGGGCGGUGAGGACGGCCAUUACGACAACAGCCAUCAGUAUUACAACUCCGAAUAA